GGCAGCGCCGGGGCUGAAGCUUCUGUUCCCUGGGUCGCUCCCGUCCGUGCUCUGUACCUUUUCCAGCACACCAUGGCCGGGCCCCUGCGCACCCCGCUGCUCCUGCUAGCGGCUCUGACCCUGACUCUGGCCCUGGCCGUGAGCCCCGGAACCGGCAGGAGAAACAGCAAGUCUGCAAUGGUGGGCGCCCCGUUGGACGCCGACGUCAACGAAGAGGGCGUGCAGCAGGCGCUGAACUUCGCCCUCAGCGAGUACAACAAGGCGAGCAACGACGCCUACCACAGCCGCGCGAUGCGGGUGGUGCACGCCCGAAAGCAGGUCGUGGCUGGGAUGAAUUACUUCUUGGACGUGGAGAUUGGACGAACCAGAUGUACCAAGUCGCAGCCCAACUUGGACACUUGUCCCUUUCAUGACCAGCCACACCUGAUGAGGAAAAUGCUCUGCUCUUUCCAGAUAUACACUGUCCCCUGGUUGGGCAAGACAUCCCUGGUGAAGUCCAACUGCCAGGAUGCAUAGAAGACCCUGUGACAGGCUGGGUUGCUCUGGCCCCCUUCUCUCGCCCCGCUCCCCCUUGUAGAACUCCUAAGCCUUGGAAGGGUGGCCCUGUCCAGGUGAUGUCCCCUCUGUGUGCUGGUUCCAGGAGACAAAUAGAAAAGGGUUCUGGGGCAGGUUUUGAACAGCUAAGUGACUGUAACUCCUUUCUUUUAAUUGCUUUUCAAAUGCACUAGUAUGUAGUGUACUUGUUCUGCUCUGUCUUCAUCAAUAAAAAGUAGUAUCAGCUA